ACCACAGCUGAUAUACUGCAACAUGACAGAGGACCAGACGUGGACGGUGAUCCAACACAACAACACAGAUCUGACGAGGGUCCGACCCUCUCCAGGGAAAAAUCAGCACUCGGCUCACUUUGAAUACACGGCUGAAGAGGAGCAGCUGACCGCCAUCAUCAGCCAAUCAGAGCACUGCGAACAGGAAGUGAUCUACCUCUGCAGGAAGUCCCGCCUCCUCAACACACCAGACGGCCCUCUGCUCAGCUGGUGGGUGGGGGGUCCGGGUGGAGGACAGGUGCAGACGUAUUGGGGCGGAGCUCCAGCAGGAAGUCAGCAGUGUGCCUGUGGUCUGCAGGAGAACUGUGUGGACCCCAACCACUACUGCAACUGUGACGCUGGACGCACUCACUGGGCGAAUGACUCAGGGCUGCUGACCCACAAGGAGACCCUCCCGGUCCGCUCUCUGGUUCUUGGAGACGUCCACAGACCGGGCUCAGAGAGCGCCUUCAGGGUCGGGCCCCUGCGCUGCCACGGGGACAAGAAUGUCUGGAAUGCUGCGUUUUUCGACAAGGAGACGUCGUACCUCCACUUUCCCACAUUCCACGGAGAGCUGAGUGCAGACGUCUCCUUCCUGUUUAAAACCACCUCAUCCUCCGGAGUCUUCCUGGAAAACUUGGGCAUCAAAGACUUCAUCCGGAUUGAACUCAGCUCUUCCUCUGAGGUGGUGUUCUCCUUCGACGUGGGGAACGGUCCUCUGGAGGUCCGUGUGCAGGCCGACUCUCCGCUGAAUGAUAACCGGUGGCACCGCAUCCACGCCGAGCGAAACGUUAAAGAGGCGUCGCUGCGCCUCGACGAGCUGCCGGCUGCCACUCAGGAGGCGCCGGCUGACGGGCACAUCCACCUGCAGCUCAACAGCCAGCUAUUUAUAG